CUUUCUCUUAGUUUUCCUGCCAAUCACUGCAUGGGCCCUGAGGAUGGCGACAUUCAUAUAGUUGAGUUACUCUCAGCAAGUGCCCUCCCGCUAAAGUAGUUCAAUGCUCUCCGUAUACGGGCGUGGUACACCACCAGCACCACCACCACCACCAGGGUUCCAGGGACGCUAACGAUACCCUUAUUUUGCCCUCAGGAUAGUAGCAGAGUGCUGCUGCCUAUCCACCUUUCCAUUCAUCAAUUGUGGGGGCGCAUUGAGGGGUUUGUGUUUACCAGUAAGACCAGUAAGUCAUCCCGGUCUCCCGACGGCAUCGUGGCACUGGACAGAGAACGAGAACGAGGAUGGGAAAAUGUCCGAGACUCGCCCCGAUGGAGUUGGAGGGCAUACCCUCCCCCGCCCUUGCAUGAAUCUCCCAACCCUACGAGGAAAACAACCAACAAGCCUUUCUUUGCAAGGGUUUACAUCCAGAUGUCAUUCAUCUCGGACAUUCCGAUUUGAGGAGAAGCCGGCUAAGACUCAGCAGGGCUGGGGAUUGUCCCCCGUCAUGGGGGGUUUGGGGUUUUGGAAAUUGCUAGUGUCGUCUUGUCGGAGCCGAUCUUUUGUGAGAUGCUCUGCGAACAUGCAAUUGUGGGUAGGACUGCUUAGGCAACAGCAUGAGCUUGAAUUGGGGAGCCUGGGAGCGUUGCAUCUCCAGAAAUCUGGACCGGGAUACUUGUCGGACGAGGCAAGUCAAGCCGAGUGUCGCUACUUGGAGAGAAAGAUGAACUUUAGACACCUUUCCAUAGCUCACUUCAUUGAGAUGGACUGUAAUACAGAAGAAAAUGAAUAGGUGGGUUGGUCUAAUCCGCAGGCUAAGUGUUUACCGCAUUCGGCAAGCAUGAGGCCGUUCCAAGCACAAUACCAGAACACAGAGUCUACAACCAUAGUUAUCGCUUUAUCCUGCCUCAGA